UUUGGGACGGGUGAAUAGCCCUCGUCUUCCUCUUCUCCAAAUCCGUGGUGCAGCAGCCGCCACCGCCGCCGCCUUCCUUGCCCUUCCCGUUCCUCAAACCCGCUCCAUGGAUUGCCCUCCAGCUUCCCCUCGAGGCCCAGCACCAUCACCCCUCUCUUGCAUGCCCUCGCUCCCUCUUCCUCUUCUUCCCUUCUCCCCGCUCGCUCAAUCACUCCUUCGCCGUCUCCCCGCCCACAUCCGCAUGAUGUCGUCGCAAGAAUCCUCAAGAAAUGAUCUUUUCCGAAGCUUCGUUGAGCUCGUCAAGCGCUUCCCCGGGAAUGCUCCUUGCUCUUCCCCUCCUUCUCCUGCUGCUCAUGCUCUGGAAAUCGGCGCUGGGCCUCGAUGGCCCCACCCCUUCGAAUACGCCGCCAUGAUCGAGGCCUACGGUCGGACAGGCGACGCCGACGAGGCCCUCCGCCUCCUCCGCGAGAUGAAGGAUUCGCCUUGCCGCCCCGACGUCGUAUGCUACACCGCCGUCGUCGACAGCCUGGCUAGCUCGGGACGCGCCUCCGAGGCCCUGGAGGUCUUCGAGGAGAUGGUGUCGUCCGACGUCGCCCCGGACACCGCCGCUUUCACGGUGCUGGUCAAGCUGUACGCUUGCUGCUUGAUGCAGUUUGACGCCGCCUACGAGGUCGUUCGGUGGAUGGUGACGUGCGGCUGCGCGCCCGACGUGGUCACGUACUCCACGCUCAUCGCCGGGUUGUGCUGGGCCGGGAGGGUCGAGGAGGCGUUGGGCGUCCUGGACCAGAUGCUGGAGGAAGAAUGCCGGCCAAACGUCUAUACUUACACUCCGAUAGUUCAUGCGUACUGCAGCCGCGGCAGGGUAGAAGAAGCGAAGCGAUUACUGAACACCAUGGAGGUUGUCGGAUGCCCUCCCAACGCUGUCGCCUACAACGUUUUGAUAGAAGCCCUUUGCAAGACUGGGGCCUUCAAAGAGGUCGAGAAGCUCAUAAAAGAGAGUUCUUUGAAGGGUUGGGAGCCUGAUACGAUCACAUACAGUAUAUAUAUGGAUGGCCUCUGUAAACUGGGGAGAACUGACAAGUCAUUUGAGCAAUUAGAAGUAAUGCGUGAGAAAGGAUUGUGUCCCAAUGCUGUGACUUUGAAUAUCCUUCUUGAUGGCCUCUGUCGCAGUUCGAAGGCUUGGGAGGCUAAAUGCCUGUUGGAGCAGAGUGCCAAAUUGGAGUGGAAUCCUAGUGUUGUUAACUACAACACUGUGAUGAGUAGACUUUCUGAUGUUGGGAGAUGGCCUGCUGUUCUCAAGCUGUUUGCUGAUAUGCAUAAGAAGGGCAUUUCUGCUAACAGUUGGACAUGUAGCAUUGUGAUUCACAGCCUUUCUAAAGCAGGGAAGCUUCGUUUAGCAGAGUCCAUCUUUGAUAGCAAAGGCUUUGUUGCUAAUGUAAUGAGUUAUACUACUCUUAUUCAUUAUUGCUAUUUGUCAGGCAGGAUACAUGAUGUUCACCUUUUAUAUCACAAAAUGGCAGAGGAGAACAUCGCUCCAAGUUGGAUAACCUACUGUGUAAUGAUUAGUUGUCUCUGUAGAGAAAAAAGAUAUUUGGAGGCUAUUGGCUGUUUCUAUCGAUCCCUUAGGGAUGGAUACUCACCAGAUCUAGUUGCACAUUUGAUGUAUGAGCUGGUCCGUGGUGGAAAACUGAAGGAAAUUCUAAAUCUAUUAGAAUGGAUAUCUAGACAGGGAACGAUUGUAGAUGUGUGUAUAUUUCAGAGGUUGAUCAAGGCAUUUUGUAGGGCUGGUUCUUGUAAAAGUGCAAAAAUAUACGAUGUCUGUUAUAUACUUGACAGAAUGCUUCAGAUCAGAUAAAUGUUCUCAACAUGUUGCAUCUGCUCAACAUUAACAGUGGGGACUAUUUACCUACAAAAGGUUGUAAGGGAUUACGGAAUUUGGGGAUCAUGGCCCUGCUCAGAUCCAGCGGAUGAAAUUAAUCCACCAAUUUACCCUGGUCACCCAGGUCCUCCAAGAUCAUCACAAAAGGCCUUCCGUGAAGCCAUUGGCGGACUUGCAGAUGAGAUGGAUGGUGGCAAGCGAAAUGCUUUUGUUGUCAACCUUGAUCUUCCUAGUGUUCCUUAUCGAUAAAACUCAAAAGUUUAGGCUUCGGCUGCCAGAUGGAAUUCCUGAUCAAAUGCAAUACCUAUGCACCUCAACGAAGAGAUGAGGAACAAUUCGGUUUACAUUAGUUUGAAAGGUUCAGAAGCUAUCGGAAGCUAAUGCUUGAGAUCAUGCACAAAAAGCCUAAAACCAUGCAGUCAUGCAUUCACCUGCAAGAUGAUGAUCAUGAAUCUUGCCAAGUGAUAUUUGAAGACUCUGAUACUGCCUUCAUCCUGUAACCAUUGACACAGCCAGUGAUGCCAGAUCGAGUAGGUUAUGCAUGGGUGCAUAGUUGUGUAACAUUAACAUUUACCUGUACCCAUGUGUGCUUAUACCUUUUGUUCUAUGUUUCUACACCAUGCAUAACCUUAUCUUCUAUGUAUGAUUUGUGGAUUAACUUGUCAUCUUGCAUUUUUACUUGUGACAACUCUGUGCUGCCUUUCUAGUUGUGAUUAAAAUAAUAUCAAAUAUUAAUA